UACAUGAGGAACACCAGCAUGCAGUGCCCAGGUGAAAGGCACAGGCCUUCGGGGGACUCUCCUGCCUCAAGCAGCGAAGCAGGUUCAGGCUCAGCAGAAGCUCCGCUCUCCACCUGCUCCUGUGCGGACCUGGGAGGGCAGGGAUCUCCUGCUGCACUGCUGCGUGCUCAGCCUCUCUCCUCUGAACCUGCUCUUCUCCCGCCAGGCUCUUGCAUCUGACCUUCCAGAUACAGCUGCCAUGAGUGAUUUCCUCUCAGACGUUCUGAAAAAUUUAUAUCAAAAGGACUUUAAGAAAGUGGCUGAUGAGUUCAUGUCUCAUUACCUUAAAUUAACUGGUGUGACUAGAGGCAUCAUCUCCCCAGAGAAACUGAAGAACAUUCAAGCGACCUUCAGUGAGGGCAACCUAAAGGCUGCAGUGGAUAUAAUUGAAGAAAUACUCAGUGGGGCUAAAAAUGCUGCCCUGGAGGUGGCUGUGAUCGGGGCGUCAGGGACAGGCAAGUCCAGUUUCAUCAAUGCCCUCAGGGGCCUUGGUCACGAGGAGGAAGGGGCAGCUGAGGUUGGGGUUGUGGAGACCACCAUGGAGAAAACCCCCUACAAACAUCCACAAUACCCCAACGUUACCUUCUGGGACCUGCCUGGGACUGGGACACCCACCUUUGCCCCGGACACCUACCUCGAAGCAGUGGGCUUUGCCACAUUCGACUUCUUCAUCAUCAUUUCCUCCUCCCGCUUCACUUGCAGUGAUGGUCUCCUGGCCCAGAAAAUCCAGGAAGCUGGGAAGAACUUCUACUUUGUUAGAAGCAAGGUGGACUGUGACUUAGACAAUGAGCGGAGAGCCAAGCCCAAGUCCUUCCAGAGGGAGAGAGUUCUCCAGGAGAUCCGAGACUACUGCCUGGCUAACCUCAGGAACAUGGGAGUGACUGACCCGCCCAUCUUCUUGGUCUCCAACUUUGAGCUACAUGGCUUUGACUUCCCAGGUCUGCAGAGGACGCUGCUGGGGGAGCUUCCUGCUCACAAGCGCCAGGUCUUUGCGCUCAUGCUGCCUGCGCUGUCGGAUGCUUCCAUUGAGCUGAAGAGAAGUAUCCUCAAGGAGAAGAUCUGGCUGGAGGCUCUGAAGUUGGCAGCUGUGGCCUUCAUCCCCUUUGGGUCUAUCUUUAAAGGCUUUGAUUUGCCUGAACAGGAACAGUGCUUGCAGCUUUACCAAAAAUAUUUUGGUUUGGAUGAUGAGUCCAUUGAAGAGAUUGCCAAGAAGCUCCACACAUCUGUGCAAGACAUCAAGGGCGAACUCAGGUGCUUGGAUUCCUCAGCCCUACUGCAGGAUGACAGCAAAGCAGCAAUGGCCAUGUACUGUGCUGAAAAGUUCUGCUUGGUGACUGGAGGUCCUAUAUCUUCUACCAUGCACUUCGUAAAAGCGUACUCUAUACGAUUGAAAAUUCUCGAUGCAGUGGCCCAAGAUGCCAAGGUCCUGUUGCAUAAAACCCUCCGUGCUCCCUUCUGACAGAAUGAGGUAGAAGCACUGUGCCCGGCCUCAUGGACUGGAAAGUGGACCUCGGGGCUUCUACAGUCAGAGAUGAGAUUCGUCUCAUCAGCCCUGUUCCAGUGUCCCUAAGGUAGAAGAAACCUCUGACCCACAAGACCAGGCAACAGCUUCCCAUGGUAACUCACGCUGUGCAUAGGUGAUUUGACCACAGCCUGCUUUCUGCAUGCUUUGGCCUGUUUUUAUUAAAACCCAAGAGUAUCUCAACCUCUGCUUCAGCUAAUCUCCAAGUUUCUGUUUGUGUGUUUAUUUGUUUGCUUUGCGGUGCAGGGACUGAACCCAGGGAGGGCCUUGUGCAUGGUAGGCAGGGGCUCUGCCUCUGAGCUCCAGCCCCAGCCCCUGCUCUCCAAGUGUCCCCAGGUAGUCCCCAUUUCCUCAGGCAGUAACACUUUGUGACACUCACAGCCGAGGUUAUAUACUGUGAUUUUAUGGCUGUGUUCUCAAUCACCCUGUUAAUGCUCUCUACAAAAUGGGAACAUUAUAAAAUGAUUAGUAAAAUGUGUGUCAUUGGAAAAUACAGCGAAAAAUAAGACUUGAUACCACACGUGUCUUUGAUGGACAUGCAAUGAACACGUGGUAUGUGCAUUGGCUAAAAUAGUAUUUGGCAACAAAGAAAGAUCAAUCUGAGACUUGGGAGGGAAACGGGUUCCCCUGGAGAAUGUAAUGUGAAGUGAAGGGGACGCACAAGCUUAAAUCCCGCAGUUUGUCUCGUUUGAGUCAUGCAAAGUUCAAAUAAACAGCAAAAUAAAAGAAAGACAAAUGCAGCAGAGAGAGCUUUUGCAAAUGAGAAGGGGCCUGAGAUACAGGGGCUGAGCUGGGGCGCAGGGAAGGGGAUGUAAACAGAUUCAGAUGUGUGCUGUGCAGAGCUAACCUCCCACCAUGCAUGCAGCCAUUGUACGCUGUAAAUAUGAAAUAAAGGAUCAUAAUGAGAUUGACAAUAGUACAAAUAACAGUAAGGACAGUAACGAAAGCAGGGAGAGGGGAUCUGGAGGUGCAGGGAGGAAGGGGGGUGGGCAGGAUAAUAACCAAGACAUCUCCUGCCAUGCACCUCCUCCCAAGAAGAAUGUAACCUUCACACACUGCGCAUGUACACUGAUAAAAUAAAAUAUGAUUCCAAAACAGAAA